AUGAGUGAACUCAAAGGUGUCAUCGGUGAUGCCACUAAAGAAGCGAUGAAAGCCCGGGACAAAGAGCGCCUGGCGGUUUUGCGCAUGGUGAACUCUGAGCUCAAACGCGUUGAAGUGGAUGAGCGGCGCGAGCUCACAGACGCCGACGUGCUUAACAUCCUGAAUAAGAUGUUGAAACAGCGGCAGGAUUCCCUCAAACAGUUUACCGAUGCCGGUCGUGACGAUCUGGCGGAGCAGGAAGCGUUUGAAAUUGGGGUAGUGCAGGUUUUCCUGCCUGCGCAACUUUCAGAUCAGGACCUGGCUGCUCUGGUUGACAAAGUGGUAACAGAAUCUGGUGCCAGUGGCAUGCAGGAUAUGGGUAAGGUCAUGGCAGCGGCGACACUCCUGCGUGCAGCAGCCAUCACAAACAGCGCACCUAUUCUGGUCUGUAACGAAGAGCACCGUUUUCUGGUGGCCCAGCAGUGUCGCGAAAUCGAUCAGCAGUGGGGCCAGCUUAUUCUUGAACCCGAAGGUCGAAGUAGCGCACCGGCCAUUGCAUUAGCGGCCUGGGCUGCGGUAGCCCAGGACCCCGACGCGGUUCUGCUGGUACUGCCUUCGGAUCACCUUGUUGGUAACCUGGAGCUGUUUGCAGAAGCGGUACAGCAGGCGGCCAAGGGCGCCCAGAAGGGCGGCCUGGUGACAUUUGGUGUCACACCUCAACGCGCAGAAACCGGCUACGGUUACAUUCAGAUCGCGGAUCCUGAAGCAGGCUUGCAGGCGGUCACGUCGUUUGUAGAAAAACCUUCCGCAGAGCUGGCCCAGGAAUAUCUAGACGCAGGAAACUUUCUCUGGAACAGCGGCAUGUUUGUGCUUGGUGCUCAAACUUAUCUGGAUGAACUGGCAGAGUUUCAACCGGAGAUGACCGAUUGCACUCAACAGGCAAUGGCCGAUGCUCAGUCUGAUAUGGAUUUUCUGCGUCCUGGGCCCAGUUUCCUUAAGUCUCCUGCUGAUUCCAUCGACUAUGCGGUGAUGGAGAAAACCAGCCGUGCACAGGUAUUGCCGGUGCAUUUCACCUGGAAUGAUAUUGGUUCCUGGUCCGCCAUCUGGGAUGAGUCUGACCGCGAUGGUGACGGUAAUCAUCUGGAAGGAGAUGUGGUUGCUGUGAAUACCCACAACUCUUAUGUGCGCGCAGGCGAGCGUCUGGUAGGCAUCAUCGGCGUUGAUAACCUGGUGGUUGUGGAAACCACGGACGCGGUUCUGGUGGCUGACAGGGAUCAGGUGCAGGAUGUAAAACAGAUUGUGCAGCGUCUAUCUGAGACCAAGCGAAGUGAACACCUUUACCACCGGGAAGUAUUUCGACCCUGGGGCAGCUAUGAAGGUAUCGCUGAAGGUGAUCGUUAUCAGGUGAAGUGCAUCAGGGUGGAGCCAGGGGCAACGCUGAGCCUGCAGAUGCAUCAUCAUCGUUCUGAACAUUGGAUCGUGGUGCAGGGCACGGCUCGUGUAACCCGAGAAGAUGAAGUGUUCACGCUGGGCGAAAAUGAAAGCACCUAUAUUCCUCGCGGCGCAAAACAUCGUCUGGAAAAUCCGGGGCGCCUGCCGCUUGAAUUAAUCGAAGUUCAGGUGGGUCCUUAUCUCGGCGAAGAUGAUAUUGAGCGCUUUGAAGAUGUUUAUGGGCGCUGA